AUGUCGCGUCUAGCUCGGGCAUCCAGCAGGAUCACCAACAAUACAUCCUCAACUACCAGUAAUACUCCAGUCCCAUCGAACAACCUAUCAACAGCAGCAGCGACGCGUCCAACGACCCGAACGAGAACUGUAUCCACUCAAUCAGCUGCUCCCACCCGACCACCAUCAAGACUGAAUCAGGUUCAAGCAUCCGCAGCAACAUCAUCCUCAUCCCGUUCAACUAUCACUAGGAAAAAAUCUAGUCCUGCUAGGCUGACCAACCAAAAUGAUCUGAGAAGAACAACUGCCGAGUCGGGAAACCAAGAAGAACUUCAGCCUACUCAAGGCCCGCUUCCGGGAGCAAACAUCAAGGUGGUCGUUCGUUGCAGAGGCCUGACCGAUUCUGAACGCGCUGCAGACCCCCAGGCAGUCCUAUUAACCGGCGGAGUCAGAGGUCGUGAACUGACCGUAGACCUCAACAGUCAUCCAUCCUCCGCCGCGCCUUCCGACCAGCCUCAUGCACGCCCCCAUGACAUUCACUCCAAUCGCGACGAAGGGGCCGGCUUGGCAACUACUGAUUACAGCUCCUCCUUGGUCGACGAUCCAAAACGGAGCGCAAAUAUUAAAGUUUAUCCAUUUGAUCACGUAUUUGGUCCAGAAGCAGACCAAGCUCUGAUUUUCACCGAUGUAGUGGCCCCGAUCUUGACAGAAGUUCUGCAAGGCUACAACUGUACAAUCUUUGCUUAUGGCCAAACUGGAACAGGUAAAACAUAUACUAUGACAGGUGAUUUGAGUAUCCCAACCGCCACCACUAUCAUGCCUACUACCAAAGCCGACUCUGGGAUCAUUCCUCGCGUCUUACAUUCACUAUUCAAUAUGCUAGAAGAUUGUAGCGAGGAAGAGAAAGUGGAAUUUGGAGUUAAGGUCAGUUUUGUUGAACUGUACAACGAGGAAUUGAGGGACCUCAACUAUCUCGAAUCGUCGAACAACCUGGAGGCCAACAACCCGCCCAGCGGGUCAACCAAUCUCAAGAUCUUUGAAGACUCUAAUACUAAGAAGGGCGCCACGGGUGGAUCGGGCGUGUACAUCCAAAACUUGACCGAGACGGCGAUUUCAUCGGCCACGGAAGGGAUUAAGAUCCUCACCCUGGGUUCCUCUCGAAGACAAAUCGCCGCUACCAAAUGCAACGAACAAUCCUCGAGAUCGCACUCUGUCUUCUCGAUCACGAUCCAUGUCAAGGAGAAUAACAAGGAUGGCAAGGAAGAUCAACUCAAGAUCGGAAAGCUCAAUUUGGUCGACUUGGCCGGUAGCGAAAACGUGGGCAGGUCGGGUGCUGGGAAGGAAUUUGGUCGGGCACGGGAAGCCGGAAUGAUCAACCAGAGUCUCUUGACUCUCGGUCGGGUUAUCAACGCAUUGGUUGAAAAAAAUAGCCAUGUCCCAUACCGGGAGUCCAAACUGACUCGAUUAUUGCAAGAUUCUUUGGGCGGCAGGACGAAAACAUGCAUCAUUGCUACCGUCUCACCCUCACGUUUAAAUCUGGACGAGACGAUCUCGACGUUAGAUUACGCGUUGCGAGCCAAGUCGAUCAAGAAUCGACCGGAGCUGAAUAAUAAGAUCAACAAGUCGAUCCUCAUCAACCAAUACGUCCAUGAGAUUGAGAAACUACGACACGACUUGAUCGCGACUCGGACGAAGAAUGGGAUCUAUUUCAGCGAAGAAAGAUGGGCAGAACUGAUGCGAGACUCGGAAAACAAGAGCCGGACGUUGAUCGAGAGUAAGCGGAAGAUCGAGCUGAUCGAGCUCGAGUUGAUCGGGGUCAAGAAAGAGUUCGAGAAGUGUCUCAGGAUCUUGAACGUCAGAGAAAGUGAGAUCAAGAAGAUCCAAGACGAACUCAACCUCAAAUCGGCCGACUUCGAGAACAUGAAACAGAUCAAGGAGGGCCUUGAAAUCGACCUCUCUGAAGAAAAAAAGAUGAAGGAAAAGUUCGAAAAGAGUCGCACGAAAUGGAAAAAUCAGUGUAAAGAAGUGUACGAGGAUAAUGAAGGCCUUCGAGAAAAAAUUGGUAACACGAUCUCCUAA